GCUGCUGCUGCUUUUGCUUUUGGGGCUGAGUUUAAUAAGCGAGCGAGCGAGCGAGCAAGCGAACGCGGGGGGAAAAAGGCAGAGAAUGUCCGCCAUCUACCCUCCGCUCCUGGGCGCGCUCUCAUUCAUAGCAGCCUCUUCAUGAAUUACAGCUGAGGGGGGCGGGGGAGGGGGGUACCACACAACACCCCAGCAAACCUCCGGGCCCCCAGGCAUGGCUAGCUCGUGUGCCGUGCAGGUGAAGCUGGAGCUGGGGCACCGCGCCCAGGUGAGGAAAAAACCCACCGUGGAAGGCUUCACCCACGACUGGAUGGUGUUCGUGCGCGGCCCGGAGCACAGUAACAUACAGCACUUUGUGGAGAAAGUCGUCUUCCACUUGCACGAAAGCUUUCCUAGGCCAAAAAGAGUGUGCAAAGAUCCACCUUACAAAGUAGAAGAAUCUGGGUAUGCUGGUUUCAUUUUGCCAAUUGAGGUUUAUUUUAAAAACAAGGAAGAACCUAAGAAGGUUCGUUUUGAUUAUGACUUAUUCCUGCAUCUUGAAGGCCAUCCACCAGUGAAUCACCUCCGCUGUGAAAAGCUUACCUUCAACAACCCCACAGAGGAGUUCAGAAGAAAGUUGCUGAAGGCAGGAGGGGACCCCAACAGGAGUACCCACCCCAGCAGCAGCAGCAGCAGCAGCAGUUGUAGCAGCAGCAGCAGCAGCAGUAGCAGCAGCAGCAGCAGCAGCAGCAGUAGCAGCAGCAGCAGCAGCAGCAGCAGCAGUAGCAGCAGUAGCAGCAGCAGCAGUUUUUCCAAGCCUCACAAGUUAACGAAGGAGCACAAGGAAAAACCUUCUAAAGACUCCAGAGAACAUAAAAGUGCCUUCAAAGAACCUUCCAGGGAUCACAACAAAUCUUCCAAAGAAUCCUCUAAGAAACCCAAAGAAAAUAAACCACUGAAAGAAGAAAAAAUCGUUCCUAAGAUGGCCUUCAAGGAACCGAAACCCAUGUCGAAAGAGCCAAAACCAGAUAGUAACUUACUCACGAUCACCAGUGGACAGCAAGAGAAGAAGCCUCCUAGUAAAAGACCCCCCGUUUCAGAUUCCGAAGAACUCUCAGCCAAAAAAAGGAAAAAGAGUAGCUCGGAGGCUUUAUUUAAAAGUUUUUCUAACGCGCCACCGCUGAUACUCACUUGUUCUGCUGAUAAAAAACAGAUAAAAGAUAAAUCUCAUGGCAAGAUGGGAAAGGUCAAAAUUGAAAGUGAGACGUCAGAGAAGAAGAAAUCAACUUUACCGCCAUUUGAUGAUAUCGUGGAUCCCAAUGAUUCCGACGUGGAGGAGAAUAUGUCCUCUAAAUCUGAUUCUGAACAACCCAGUCCUGCCAGCUCCAGCUCCAGCUCCAGCUCCACACCGUCCCAGACCAGGCAACAAGGUCCUUUAAGGUCUAUAAUGAAAGAUCUGCAUUCCGAUGACAAUGAGGAGGAAUCAGAUGAGGCAGAGGAUAAUGACAAUGACUCCGAAAUGGAGAGACCUGUAAAUAGAGGAGGCAGCCGAAGUCGCAGAGUUAGCUUAAGUGAUGGCAGCGAUAGUGAAAGCAGUUCUGCUUCCUCACCCCUACAUCACGAACCACCACCACCCUUAUUAAAAACCAACAACAACCAGUUACAGUUCAACUGCAAUUUCUCUGUGACUGCAGGCCCAACCUCAUCAUCCAUUACAGACUGGCCAUUCAAGGAGAUUCUUGAAGUGAAAAGUCCAAUAAAGCAAAGCAAAUCAGAUAAGCAAAUAAAGAAUGGUGAAUGUGACAAGGCAUACCUAGAUGAACUGGUAGAGCUUCACAGAAGGUUGAUGACACUGAGGGAAAGACACAUUCUGCAGCAGAUUGUGAACCUUAUAGAAGAAACUGGACACUUUCAUAUCACAAACACAACAUUUGAUUUUGACCUUUGCUCGCUGGACAAAACCACAGUCCGUAAACUACAGAGUUACCUGGAAACAUCUGGAACAUCCUGAGGCUACAACAACUGGAUGCAUCAAAAACUCUGGUUUUUUUUGUUUUUUUUUUUUGGUUGUGAUUUUUUUUCUCGUUUGUUUAUAUGGAAACACUCAGAAUGAUGCAACCAAAAGGGAAAAAAUAAAAAGCAAACAACCUUCA